AUGGUUGCAAAUACAGCAGCUGAUAUGACUGGAUCCAUAUACCAUGAAAAACAAGUAAAGGAACUUUGUGCAUUGCAUGCAUUAAAUAAUUUAUUUCAAGAGAGAGGAUUUAGUAAACAAGAGUUAGAUCAAAUAUGUUAUAGCUUAAGUCCAGAUGUAUGGAUCAAUCCUCAUAAAUCAUUGUUAGGUCUUGGUAAUUAUGAUAUUAAUGUUAUUAUGGCAGCAUUACAACGAAGAGGACGUGAAGCUGUUUGGUUUGAUAAACGCAGAGAUCCUAAAUGUCUGUGUUUGGAUAAUAUUGAAGGAUUUAUACUAAAUGUACCAACUGAAUAUAAAUUAGGAUUUGUAUUACUUCCCUUGAAGAGACGACACUGGAUUGCCUUGAAGAAAAUUCAUGGUGCCUUUUAUAAUCUUGAUUCAAAAAUUGAUUCUCCACAACUUAUUGGAAAGGAAAAUGAUUUACUUACAUACCUAAAGGACCAGAUAGACAGUAAAGAAAAGGAAUUAUUCCUUGUUGUAUCAAGAGAGAUAGAUAGUAAUCAAGGGUGGUUAAUAAAUACAUAUGCAAAUAGAGAAGAGAUUACUGCAGAUCAUGAUACUAUCACAUACAUUGAAGAUGGUUAUACAGAAGCAAAUUUAAGGAAAGAAGAGUCUGCAGAAAUGAAUGACAAUGAAAAAUUAUUACAUAAUAAAAAUUCUAGGUAAUUAAAGUUUUUUAAUUUAACUAAGCUAUGUAUUCAAUGCUU